AUGGUAGUAGAUAGCACAUACUAUGAUCUUCUUAAUAUAGAAACCACUGCUACAUCUCUAGAGAUCAAGAAAGCUUACCGGAAAGCGGCUAUAAGGUUGCAUCCAGAUAAGAAUCCCAAUGAUCCAACAGCAGCUGCGAAAUUUCAAGAGGUUGGUCAGGCAUACCAAGUAUUGAGCGAUGAGACGUUAAGAACCAAAUACGAUAAGUACGGUAUCCAGGAGUCAAUACCCUCAGAAGGAUUUGAGGAUCCUGCCGAGUUUUUUACGAUGAUUUUUGGUGGAGAAGCAUUUAAAGAUUGGAUUGGCGAAUUGAGUCUUUUGCUGGAAUUAUCCAAAUCAGCCGAGCUUUCGGGGUACGCCGAGGAUGAGAAGAAGGACGAAAAGAAGAAAAACGAGGCCUCAAGGUCUGGCGGUGAAGAGAACUUGGAGAACAGCAGAAACAAUAAUAAUAACAAUAAUAAUAAUUACAAUUACAAAAGGCCCCAAUCAUCUGGCUCUGCUGGAGAUUACAAGUUAUUGUCACAUGCAGCAUUUGAUGAAAGCAAGCUAACGCACAAAGAAGAAGAGGAGAAAAAGAGGAAAGAGGAAUUGGAAAAAUUUGAAGAAGAGUGUCGAUUGAAGAAGAUUGAAACAAGGAAUACGUUGGCUGAGAAGUUGACUAAUAAGUUGUCUUUGUUCACAGAAACCGAUAUGAAAGAGGAUGUAGUUGAAUCAUUUAAAGCCAAGAUAAAAUAUGAAGCUGAAUCUUUGAAGAUGGAGAGUUUUGGUUUGGAAAUUUUGCAUACAAUAGGACACAUUUAUAAAAGUAAAGCGAAAAUAUUUUUAAAGAACCAGACAUUUUUUGGGUGGGGAGGAAUUUGGUAUUCUGUUAAGGAAAAGGGUGGUGUUGUUAAAGAUACUUUCAGAACAAUAUCGGCAGCUUUAGAUGCUCAACGUACUAUGGAAGAAUAUGCACAGAUGCAACAGGAUAACGAGUACCAUGCAAAGAAAGAAGCUGAAGAGGAAGAGGCGAAAAAAAAUGCAGAUGUAGAGAAAACCAAGUUGCAAAAAGAAUUGGAAAAUUUGCAUCAGCAGCAGCAGCAGCAGCAACAACAACAACAACAACAAGAAGAAGAAGGACAAUCAAAUAAAGUCAAAGAUGGUCAGGUUUCCAAAGAUGGCUCUAAAGGAGUAGUGGAGCCAACCAAACAUACCGCUGAGGAGUUAGCGGAGAUGGAAAAAUUCUUAUUAGCCAAAGUCCUAGCGGCAGCUUGGAACGGAUCGAAAUUUGAAAUUCAAGGUACAUUACGUGCAGUUUGUGAUCUUGUAUUGGACGAUGAAGAAGUUCCUUUGGAGCGAAGAGUUGCUAGGGCACAAGCAAUGAGACUUAUUGGUCAAGUAUUCUCUUCAAUGACAAGAACUGAAGCAGAAGAUGAAGAAGCUAGAGUAUUUGAAGAGUUAGUUGCUGAGGCAAGUAAGAAAAGGGAGCGAAAGAAGAAACCAAAGGCGGAAGAAACUCGUGUUUGA